UGUGGGGCUUGUAGUUCUGGGCUGCAGGCGGAGGCAUGUGCGCGAGUCGCGGGGUCUCCACCCGGCUGCAGCUGAGCAAAAGGAGAGGGGGAGAAGGAUGUGUUCCUGCACUGAGUGAAACCUUCUGCACGAAGAUCCACCAAAAGCAGAAGACAGUCAGUGUUGCCUAUGACUCUCCCGGAGGAAAUGGUUUGGGCAAGACAAACGAAGCAGAGGGCAAGAAGCAGAAGUGGGCACCCAAAAACUGGGAGCAGCAGCUGAGCAACAUCCGGGAAAUGAGGAAGGAGAGAGAUGCCCCUGUGGACCAGAUGGGUGCUGGGAAAUGCUUUGACAGUGAUGCUCCUCCAGAGGUUAGGCGCUACCAGGUCCUCUUGUCACUCAUGCUCUCCAGCCAAACCAAAGAUCAGGUGACUUCGGCAGCCAUGAUGCGCCUGAGGGAGCAUGGCCUCACUGUGGACAACAUCUUGGAGACUGAUGACGUGACUCUAGGCCAGCUCAUCUACCCUGUGGGGUUUUGGAAGCGGAAAGUGAGCUACAUCAAGCAGACCACAGCAAUUCUGAAGCAGGACUAUGCUGGAGACAUCCCAAGGACUGUGGCGGAGCUGGUGAAACUCCCAGGGGUUGGACCCAAGAUGGCCCAUUUGGUGAUGGACAUUGCCUGGCAGGACGUCUCUGGAAUCGGUGUGGACACACAUGUGCACCGGAUUUCCAACAGGUUGAAGUGGGCAAAGAAGGAAACAAAGCUUCCUGAGGAGACUCGGCUGGCUCUGGAAGAGUGGCUCCCCAGAGAUCUCUGGAGUGAGAUAAACUGGCUUCUUGUUGGGUUUGGGCAGCAAGUCUGCUUACCUGUAAAUCCACGCUGCAGUGAAUGCCUUAACAGGGACAUCUGUCCGGCUUCGAGGAAGCGCUGAGAGAUGCGACACUUACUGGAACAGGCCACCAUACUGGGGGACUAGGAUUUGGGGGCCCACCAACGGAUUGAUGAUGCUGUAGCUGAACUUCCAGAGGCUUGAGCAAGAGGGAUUUUGACCCUGAAAUCUGAUGGCACUACAGCAAUGACUCUGUUCCUGGUCUCCAAACCAUGCACAGGUGAGAGGGGUCCAAAUAGCAUUGUUCCUCAUAAAAGGACCAUAGAGUUGACUUAAGUGUGGUGUCCCAGGCUGCCCUGAAAGGACUCCUCUUAACCCAAGUAUGAAGCCACACAGAGAGUAGUUAAAUAAGUGCAACAUAUUGGGCUAGAUUCCAGACUAAGUUAGCUGGACUUGAGUCCCACUGAAAUCAGUUGCACGUGUACAUCUUGACAUAACUGAGUUCAGCUAGCUCAGGGCCCAUCAGCACCAAACAUUUAAAGCAGUGACAUGCCACUUUAAACAGCCAUGGCUUCCCCCCCCCCAGCCCCCUUCCCCAAGAAUCCUGGGAGCUGCAUCUUGUUCAGGGUGCUGAGAGUUGUUAGGAGACCCCCUUUUCCCCUCAUGGAGCUACAGUUCCCAGAGGGGGUUGAAAGUACUUUGGGAAUUGAAGCUGGAAGGGAAGAGGGGGUCUCCCAGUAACUCCCAGCACCCUUAACAAACUACAGCUCCCAUGGUUCUUUGGGCAAAGCCAUGAGUAUUUAAAAUGAUGAGAGAGUCUACUUCAAAAGUAUAGUCCAGCCCCCAGUAUCUUUUAAAUGAAGAUUUUGCUGUAUUCCUGUGGCUAGAAAGAGGAGAUGGGGGAAGGCAAAAUGGGCAAAACUUUACUUAGGGGUGAAAAUGAGCUUAGGAAAACAAGCAGAAAGUUCAGCUUGUGUCCUGUCAGUGGAAGGUCCACAUGUUUUGAUAUGUCUGGAGAUCUCUUUGCCAUAAGCUAUAUAUGCCUGACCAAAAUUUCUAAGGUUCAGCUCACAUGGCAUCCUCCGGCCUUUUGUUUUGAAAGGGCAAGGCUCCUGCUUUGAGAGCCUCUGCCUGAGGAGCAACCAGCCCUCAGUGUGUGUUGUAUUUCCUUGUCUCUAUGCCUCUCCCUGCCUCCACACACACUGUGAGGGAGGCCGGUCAUAUUUUCUUCCCUAAGAAGUGUUUGUGGAUUCUGUCAGCUGCCUUUGCCCUUGAAGAAUUUCCAAUUUAAAUGCUAAUAAGCUAGUUACCAGGCAAAAAGGAGUUAUCCAGCUCCACUGGAUGAUGUCAUUCAGGCCUGUCCCAGCGUCAUGGAGGAAUUAGCCUGUUGCCAAGGUAGGGAGAGUUGGAGGUUUAGAAACAGAUGAGACGGAGGGGGGGAUCUUCCCAGCCCUCCCCCCCCCUUGUAUCUGAUGGGCUCCAGGGCUUGGAGAUUUUAGAUCAGCUUUCCUCCCAAUCUAUUGUCCUCCUGGUGUUUUGAACUACAACUCCCAUCAGCCCCAGAGAGUGCAGCCAUAAAAUGCAGUCCAAAACAUCUGGAAGACACCAGGUUGGGUAAGAGUUCUCCUAUGUGAGAACGAAGCCUUUUAGAUGUCCCAAGCAAAAGGGGCAUUUGGAAUACAGUGUAAGCCUUGAGCUUUACAUAGCCUAUCACAUAAGCCAGGCAUCCCCAAACUUCGGCCCUCCAGAUGUUUUGGACUACAAUUCCCAUCAUCCCUGACCACUGGUCCUGUUAGCUAGGGAUCAUGGGAGUUGUAGGCCAAAACAUCUGGAGGGCCGCAGUUUGGGGAUGCCUGACAUAAGCCAAAUGCUGAGAACUGCAUCUACCUAAAGAGUAAUUCUUAUUUUUAUAUAAUAAACAUUUUUCUUUUUAUAAUAAGAUUUUUGUCUAACAGUCUCUGCUUGGUGCUCAGGUUUCCCAGAAGAGGGGAUUUAAUCCAGAGUGGGGAACUUGGGCCCAGGAUCUGAAAGUAGCCUCCAGGCCUUUCUGUCUGUUCCCUGUCCCCUAUGCCAUACCCCCUCAUUGGCCCUGCUUCGCACCUUCCUUGAGGGGCUGGAAUAUGUUUCCCUGGUAAUUUAAAUUCACCUAGAAGUGAGGCAAUCUGGCACAGCCAGGAAACAUGCAGACACAGAAGUUGGAUGGGAGGAAGAGAGGGAUACCAUAAGGAAAUAAUAAUUUGAACACCAACAUCAUAAAACUCGCUGUACAUGGGAAACCAGAUUUAUUAUUGACAUUUUAGUAUACAUUUUUUUACACAAUGCAGUUAACAGCUCUUCUUAUAACUUUAUAGUGAAUGUCUAGGUUAGUUGUGCAGAAACUGAGUUAAGUGCUGCAGAGCAUAUAGGAUGGCAGAGAGAAGAGAGCCAGGCGUGCUUUUAAAUUGUCAUGAGUCAAUCCACGGAACAGAGACUGAGAUGUUUGCUUUCUGGGAAGGGGUAGGGGGAAAGCUACCUCUAUAGGUAUAGGUUUGUAUAGGAGAUUUCAAUUGUACCACAACCCUCAAAUUUGUGCUUCUGUCACACCUCUCCUGUCCUUAAAGAAUGACUUUAGAAAUCCUUGUUCAAACCAGUCCUGCAUUCAUUCAUUUCCUUACUAUUAUAUUUCACCUUUCUUCGAUCAUGGAGCCCAAGGUAUUAUCCAGGCGUUUUUCAAAAGGCCUCCCAUCCUGUUUCAUCUUCCACUGACCAGAUGUAAACAUGUUCUUUCCAUGUAUCAGACGGGUGGAGAACUCCUCUGUGGCCCUCCAGAUGUUGCUGGACUGCAACUCCCAUCAGCCCAAGGCAGCAGGACCAAUGGCCAGGGAUGGUGGGAACUGCAGCAGCAGUAGCACACACCCACACACCUCUGGUGCAUCAGUGCCUUUGCUAAUAAUGCAUUGGGGGCAACUCUUUUGGAGGUAAAAACUUUAGCCUAAUUUGAAAAGCAAGUGCCCUCCAAUCAUUUAAGGAAUCAAAGCAGUCCCCGCCCCCACCCCCAAAAAAGCUUUAGAAAUCUCACACCAUUCUCAAAAUCAAGUUUCAAGCAACCUUAUCAGCAGGUAUUAGCUUAUACCUGAAUUACCACCAGUCUCACUCAAUAACUGUUUUCUUUGUUUAAAAAAAAAUUAAAGAAGACUCAGCAGAGCAUUCUUCAGGAAGCCACAUUUUCACUCAAACAUUUCAUUAUCCUCCUGGAAUCAGUGGUCCCGAGUCAUCAGGAGAGAUUUAUGGCAGGCUUACUCAACCUGGGGCCCUCCAGUUGUUGUUGUUGGACUUCAACUCCCACCAGUACUAGCCAGCAUGGCCAAAGAUCAUGGGAUAUUUAUUCCAAACAUCUGGGCACCAGGCUGGGGAAGGCAGAUCUACAUGCACUCUUAUUUGCAUUUGCCCCAUAAUGUACACCCUGCCUGUGGCAUCAGCAGGAAGCCCCCUUUCAAUACUAAUGGGCAUCUAUGGGACUAGCUGAGCAUAACUGGGGCUGGAUUGGGAGUCAGCAAGUACAGCUGUUCUCCAAUAAUAAAUGGUUUGGGAAUGCGGUAAAAUCCCAAGCCUGCAGACUCGAGUUGUGCAAAUUAGUCAUAUUUACAUAUAUUUAUUUUUACAUAGCUUCACAGUCUUCAAUGGUGCAAUGGUUUUUAAAAACAAAUUGGAAUGUUUUGGUAAAGCUUGGCAAAGAAGGAGUCCCAAAGGGGGAAAGACAUUCCUGACAUUUCUCCAGAUUCCAUGUGGGCUAGAAACCCUGUUUUUUAUUUUUUAAAAAAAUAAAAAUCAUCAGCACAGUGAUGUGUAGUCAAACCCUUCUUGCCUGCUGAGGUCAUAAUCACUGAAAAUCCAUGGAAUCAAUCUGAAAUAUGAGGGGGGGUUGUUGUUUUUAAGAAGAUCGCUUUCUAGUUCUCAUGCCUACAGAGAUAAAAUUCAGAAGUGGUGGGUGAUGCCUGGUGCUAUCUCAGAAGACAGAGAUAGUAGGCCUCCGAGGGGACAGAGGUGAGGACUACAAUGGUGUUCCUAUACUAGCCAGGUAGACUGCAAAAUCAGUCAAAAUGUGGCAUUAAAUUAGAUUAACUCAGGUGCAGAAUUAGGGCACGUUUCUCAAGCAUCCAGACCAGCUGCCCCCAACUUGAUGCUCUGGGGCUGAUAGGAAUUGUAGUCCAAAAUAGCUGGAGACCAUCGGAUUGGUAAAAGCUGGUGUGGACAAAGAGUAUCUAAUGUGGUGCUCUCCAGAUGUUGUGGACCAGAAUUCCCAUAAGCCCCAGCCAACACAACCAAUGGUGAGAUAUGAUGGGAGAUGGAGUCCAGCAACACCUAGAGAGCACUACUUUGGCUACUCCUGGGGCAGACUAUGAGUACAAGGCUGUCCAUCAUGGACACCGAUACUCCACCUUGCAUUUCUCUCAAAACCGCCUGUAACGAAACUGUAUACAAAGUUAUUCUUGAAAACCAAUCACAUAACAAAAGAAUGGUACCAUUUACCAAGCCAGCUUUGCUACACGGGAGCCAUUUCCCCAAAUCUAAGGCACCUUAUUCAGCUCAGUUAUUCGCAAAACAUACACAAAGCCCCCAGAGUAUACUUAUAUCAAAGGGCACUUGGUCAUCUUGCAGGGUAUUGUAGAAUCAGGAGUGUAAGAGUUGGAAGGGGCCCAAAAGGAUCAUCUCCUUCAACCCCCUGCCAUGCAGGAAUCACAGCUGAAGAAUCCCUGAAGACAAAGUGUCCCCCCCCCCCUUCUUAAAUACUUGUUGUACAUUUGUGCCCUAAUUAAAAGGGUGGCAAUUGCUUAGUCAUACAUACCUCUUUUUAUGAAAGAAACUGCAUCCCAUCCAGCUUCCUUUUUAAUACUGGGUGUGAAAGGUUGUGAUGUCUCACUAAAGAAGGCUAGAAGAAAAAACUCUUCCUACCUGCCUCCCCUUACCAGAUUAACAGUGUUAUAAAAUCAUUAGCUAGCUUCCCCCCCCUUUUUUUUUUUACUUCUCCCUCACUUAGUAGAAUCAGGAGAAGAGUUUGGAUAACAAUUUCUGAGUUGCUGCUGCAAUGUGAUCACUUUCAAGCAGUCUUUGCCAACUGUGUGCCCUCCAGAUGUUCAAACUACAACUCCCAUCAGCCCCAAACCAUGGGUGUGCCUGCUGAGGCUGAUGGGAGCUGUGGUUCAAAACAGCUAGAGGGCACCAGAUUAGCAAAGGGGUCUCCUCAAGAACAGAAGAGCCUAGUGUAGAGGUUCCACAGGAGUGUGCGCUUUUAUGUUCACACACAGUUCACAUACAUCACUCAUUGAGGAGGAUCAUAUUCAUUUAGUAAGUAGGAGCAAUACCCCAGAAUUAUCCACUUUCACUCUGGCCUGGAUUCAAGACAUUUCAGUGCCUACCACAAAAAACAUACCAAACAGUAUACUCCCUCCCAUGAAUUAACACAGGGAGGGGUGAGAACUUCCCUGGAAACUUCCCAGUGACCUGGGCCCCUUGGGUCAAUCCGUCUCCCAACUCUUGUCCUCUUAUAACAACAUCAAGAUCUAUCUAGGGCAGGCAUGUCCAAAGUCUGUUUCAGGAGCCUAAUCCGGCCCUCCGGUCAGUUUAAUCCGGCCCCUGUGGCAGUUUAUUUCCUAGGGUAAAAUCCUAAAAAACCUCAACAACUUCAAUCCUAAAAAAAAAGGUUGACAGCUUUGGCCGGCCCUCACGGCCCUUCACUUCUUCAAAUCUGGCCCUCUUUGAAAAAAGUUUGGACACCACUGAUCUAGGGAAUCACAGAAUCAUAUAAUUAUACAGUUGGAAGGGACCCCGAGAGUCAUAUGGUCCAACCCCCUGCAGUGCAAGAAUCACAGCUAAAGAAUCCCUCAAAGAUGGCAAUCCAACCUCUACCAUGCCUCCUUGCCUUUAAUAACAAUUCUUCUUUCUAUUUGGGGGGUGGGGGAAGUAACGUAGAGGGCCUAACGCUGGUAAUGAGCAGGUCAGGUGGUCAGUAGAUGUGGAUGUGUUGCUGUCUCAAAAAAGACACAUUCUGUGCUUCUGAGCUAUUCUUUGGAAAGAACAUUGCAGAAGCUAAAACACAUUCAGAGCUUGUUAAAUUCAACAUUACGCGUCAUGGUUAAAGCAUGAGAUCUGACUUUGACUGUAGGGGGUGUGUGCCUCAGGCCCAGUGACCAAAUGCGGCCCUUCGGGCCUCUCCAUCUGGCCCUCAGGAUGCUUCCUAGGCCACUCCCCCUUCUCAAACCAAGUGCUAAUUGGUGCUUUCAUCAAGUCCUUUUCCCCGGCUGGGAAAUGUUCUUGGACUGUAAUGAAACCUUUUGGAUUCCAUGGAUGGAGAAGGGGGAGGGUUGGUAUAGAACCUCAGACCUUUGCAGGUCAGGGGGAAAAGCCCUGUGAGCUCCACCACCUUUGCUUCUGGUUUCUGCUGCCACUGGUAUGCAGCCCCCAGAAGAUCGCCCACAAGGGAAUGUGGCCCUCGGCCCGAAAAUGGCUUUGGGGACCACUCUGUCCAUCAUCUCCUACCCCGGGCACUGCCUGUGGAAAGGGUUAGUAGUCAUAUGUUAAAAGGGGUGACCAUCCUCUACAGUCUUUCCUUAGCACAGCUGAUACGUGCAAAUACCAUAUUGCUGCUAAACUGAAAGGAAGGUUGGUUAAUGGUGCAGCCAUUGAAACAUCAGCAAUGUUGAAAUGGGGUGCAUGUUUUCAAAAGGCCUGGAAGUGGAAAUAGUUGUGCCGUUGGAGGUUAAAUGAAUUUUCACAUAAAGGGGGUGCUUCUGCUUAAAUCUCGAGACGCCCGUCCAUUUGCCAGCAGGACACCGUCUCCCAGAGGAACUGCUCCCAGGAAUGUUAGUAUUUCAUGGAUACAAUUGUCUUCCUGUGCUGCUCCCGAGUCUCACUAAAAAGUGUUAUUUCCAGCUUCUGGCUACAGCCAAUUCAGAUUAGUGUUCCUUAUAAAUGUCAGGAUUUAGAAAGAGGGGGGUGCUUGCUGCUUUUUUUUUUUUUGCUUCUACCCUACCCUGCCCUGAGGGGGUUGGCAAGGGACAGCAUGCAUUUCUGCACCUGAGUGCACCAAAUAAUUGUGGUCUUUUGCCACGUUUGGUAAGGAAGGGACUUUUCAAAAAGCAUGGUUGUUCUGAAAAGUGGUGAAGGGAAGGGGCUUUUCGGAAAGCGCAGUUGUUCUGAAAAGUGGUAACAAGGCAAAAACAAUUUGCAAAGAGAAGGGGACUUGCUGUGCCUGAGGCUUAAAGGGUCAGGGUGUUUCAAGCACUAACUAUGAACAGAU